UCUUGGAGUCAGCUGAGGUGGAGCUUAAUGGUUUCGGGGAAAUAAAGGUUCCCUGGUGCAGAACAGUCUGCUGCUGAGUCUGCUCACAACUCUCUGCCAUGGACCAAACAUAUCAAUAAUCCAGAAAAGGGCACUUGAAAUGAAAGUAUCCACGCACUUUUUUUUAAUGAAACUUCAAAGCAAAUGUGAGCAACUGCAACCGUAAACUGGACAAGGAAAGAAGUUUCAAGACCAGCCUUUCUAGCCACCUCAUGAUGUCGCAGCCAGAUGAUCAGUACUCGAAAAACCGAUUGGUUUUAACUUUUGUUGGAUUCUUUUUAUAUGUUGGAGACAUUGUUACAGACACUAUAUUGGCUGUGAACUAUUUUAAAGAAGCCCAGUAUGUUUGGGGUGGAAUGACUCUAAUGUUUGUCCUGACUGGGCUGCUAGUAACACAGAUUUUCAGCUGUGCCUGGUUCCGGGACGAUAUGGAGACUGAAGGAGAGCAAGAAAACUGCUCAUCAAAGGCUAAAAGUGUUGCUAUCCAUGUCUUUGGCAUCGGUAUCUUCUUCAGGUAUUGUCGUCUGCUUAGGGAAGGCUUCAAAGAGAUUUGGAUGACGAAUUCACCCAAACAGGGGCACUACAGGCUGUUCUGCAUGGCUGCAGAUCUCAGUAUGCUGAAGAUGUUCGAGGCAUUCCUGGAGAGCGUUCCUCAGCUGCUUUUGCAGCUUCAUAUACUGCAAGAAAACAAUGAGUUGUCAGUCAUGCAGUGUUUGUCAAUGGCAUUUUCCUUCUUUAAUGUGGCCCUGGCAGUGGUGGACUACCGUGGCUUACUACGCAGAUCCCUCCCCAAAACCAAUAAAAUGCCCCCAGGCCUCCCGACGGCAGUCUACCUCCUCUACAAACUCGGCACCAUCACCAGCCUUGUUUUCAGCUACAGCCUCCUCCUCAGAGUCAGCAUUUACAGCACAGUAGGCUUCGCCCUGCUCUGGGUGGUGACAACAAGUUGGGCACACUUGUGUGAGACCGACUUCUGCUCAUCCAGAGCCCUGGAGCUUCUCUACCGAGCAGUCGUCGGAGUCAUCCUCAUGUUCACCUUUUUCAACGUGAAAGGACAAGACACAAAAAAUUCCAUGAGCACCUAUUACGUGCUCUAUACAGUUAUAAACAUUAGUGCCCCAAUAGUGUUUAUCUAUUGUAAACUGACCAUAAGCAUGUUUUUCAUGAUAGCUUUGGUUAUCAUUUUUGCAGGUUCACUGCUGGGGCUGCUGUGUCUUGUGUUGUACUACCACUACCUCCAUCCCAGAACACAGGCAGAUGAGGUAGAUGGCCAACAAAAGGAAGUACUGCCAAAUAGAAGAAGCAAAUUUUUGCAACUUUGAAGUCAUUUUUCCAAGUAUAUCUAAGAUAUAAUUGGAGGAAAGAGAAACAUAUACACAGUUGUGAAUCUGAACUACCUCGACAGAGUCAAGCCGGUGCAGACGGUCAUCUUGAUAUUGUGCUUGCAAUCCACUCAAAAUUAUUGCAGGUACUACCGGUACUAGUCUUUUUGAUUGUUUUAUUGUGUUUUAUCCUUAUCCUUUAUCCUAUUUAUUCUUGCAUGAGUUAAAUGUAUCACAUGUGAUAUUGUUUCGUGGCCCCGGGCUUACAAUUCACUAUUACAAGGAAAAAACACAACUGCAAAAGAAAAAUCUACACAUUUCUGAGAACACAAGAAUGAUUCAAAGACUGAACAUUUCACUGUUCAGAAAAAGUAACAAAACAAAAAUAGCAACAGUUUGUCAGAAAACAAAUGUACGACUUACUGCACCUUCUCCAGUUUAGAUGAGGAUUUGGCCACUUCUGAAAACUGUGUACUGUGUAUACAGUCUAGUCAGCGUAAUGUAACAAAGUACAAAUACUUAAGUGCAAUUUUCACAUAUAGAUACUUUACUUUAACAUUUCUAUGUCUGGCAACUUAAACUCUUACUCCAUGUCUGCGUACGAAUGCUCCGAUACAUUUUCCUUGACCAUUUCUGUUACACAUUACAGUAAAAUCAAACAAAUGUGUUAGACUGUAAUAGUUUAGAUGAGUUAAAACCUUGAUUCACUCUAAUUUCAUCAACGCUACUGAUGACUUGUUGAGUCCCAUUUGUGGUUAAAUGCUGCAUGUCACGUUGACAGUGACUGAUUCUGUCGUGGUCAUAAAAGCAACCAGUGGUAUUCCCAACUCUAACAGUCAAGACCAUGGUAGUUAAAUGUGUUAAAUUAGUACGUAUGAGAAAUGGGGUUUGGCAGUUUUUGAAAGUGAUCUUAAGAGAUGUUAGAUGCUUAUGUGGCGUACAUUUAGUUUAACCCUUAGCUAAAGGUUAGAAGAUUCUUAGUUUCUUUUUGUGACUUUAGGGACCUCAGGGACUGAAUAAAUGUCCUUUAUUUAUGGAACAUGUGAUUUCCUGUGGGCUAUAUUAAUGCUGAUGGGUAUAUUUCUACAUCAUAACAUUCUUCACACAGACAGUUUGACCUCAGCUGAGCUCAUGAUCGUGGUGACGCCGUCACAGUCUGCGCUGACCACAACAGCAGGUUAGAUGUGAAAUGUUUCAGUUUAGAUUGCAACAUGUCAUCUACACACUUACUGACCCAUUUCCACUGGAUCUUCACAUUUUUAUUUUAAGCACAAGGUUUUUCUGUUCUGGUGUCUUAUUGACUAUUGUAUAUAUUUAAUUUAAAUUAAUACAAUUGUAAUAUUUUAUAUAAUAUAUUGUACAUAUUUACUUAUAUGUUAUUAAUUAAA